AUGCUGAAUAAUGAUUCUACACGGCCAUGGUGUGUCCGUAGACACAGUCGUGUCAAAAAGCAGCAGAAGAAGUCUAGAACCAGUCCAUCUCCACCAGUUGAAGUGGAACAUAAGGCACAUUGGGCUAUCAAGAGCAUUCAUUUAGAGUUGAAAGAAUCAGGGGAACAGAGAAAGCUUCAACCAAAUGAACUUGAUGAAUUGAGAUUGGAUGCGUAUGAGAAUGCCAAGAUUUACAAAGAAAGAACAAAGAAGUGGCAUGAUCAACAUAUCCUCCGUAAAGAGUUUACAGAAGGGGACCUGGUACUUUUGUUUAAUUCUCGACUCAAGCUUUUUCUGGGAAAACUUCGUUCGAGGUGGUCUGGACCAUUCCAAGUGCGUAAAGUAUACCCAUUUGGGGCUGUCGAAGUAUAG